AUGUGGCGAUAUCGCAGCAGGAACAAUAGUAAUAAUAAUAAUAAUAGUUCCCCAAAAGUUCGUAGAAUACCUUCAAAUCCAGAUUUCAAUCAUCAAUCCUUCAAAGACAUCGAGACUCUCUUCCCCCAUGGUAGCGUUUCGGAUUUGAAUACCAUUCCUGAAGAACCAUCUUCAUCAUCGCAUAAUUGCUCCACCGCCGUCUCCGUCGCCAAAGACGUUAAACGACCAACCAUCUUCCAUCGUGUCCACCUCGCUACCAGAAUUAGCCGCGCCUUCUCCGCCCGACCCAAACCAGCCCCUGAAGAAGUUUUAUCACAACCAAACCAGACGGUGGCAGCUGAGAAAUCGGAAAACCUGGAGAAAUCUGUGAUACCUGAGAAAAUCGCAAAAGUUGAGGAACCUGUAAAAUCUGAUCCGACGAUCACGAUCCCUGGAGCGGAUAAACGAGUGGUGGUGUACAUGACGAGCCUCCGCGUGGUCCGAUCGACGUUCGAGGCUUGCCGAACCGUCCGUUCGAUUUUACAAGGAUUCCGUGUCCCGGUCGACGAGCGAGAUCUAUCAAUGGAUUCAGCGUUCUUCGAUGAGAUACGGAAGAUCAUGGCUCAAAUAGGACAAGGCAGAAGUGAUGACAAGAGGGUAGACCUGCCUAAAGUUUUCAUCGGCGGAAGGUAUAUCGGAGGGGCGGAUGAGGUGGUGGAACUGCACGAAAUUGGCGAGUUAAAGAAAUUCGUAAAAGGGUUACCGGCGGUGACUCCCGGCGUCUGCAAAUUUUGCGGUGGAUUCAGAUUCAUCCUUUGCUUAGAGUGCAACGGAAGCCAUAAGUGCCAUACGGAGGACGGUGUCUUUAUCACUUGUACUGUGUGCAAUGAAAAUGGUCUCGUCAGGUGCCCUUCUUGUUUGAGCAGUUAA